AACAUGGCCGAGAUUCCUAAGAAGUGCACUGUGCUCGUUAUCGGCGGCGGCCCGGCCGGUUCCUAUGCCGCAGCGGCCCUGGCACGUGAGGGCAUUGACAUUGUCCUCCUCGAAGCUGAGAAGUUCCCGCGCUACCAUGUAGGCGAGAGUAUGCUUCCGUCGAUUCGGCCCUUGUUGCGAUUCAUCGACUGCGACAAGAAGUUUGACGAUCAUGGCUUCUACAUAAAGAAAGGAGCAACAUUCAAACUCAACUCCAAAGCACCUGGCUCAACCGACUUCAUCGCCGCAGGUGGGCCAGAGAACUACGCCUACAACGUUAUCCGCUCCGAGGCCGAUGACAUCCUCUUCCGCCACGCCGGCUCUCAAGGCGCCAAAAUCUUCGAUGGCGUAAAAGUCACCGGCAUCGAAUUCGCACCCUCGGGCCUGACCGCUGCCAAUGACACCGAAAAGGGCCUUCCUGACCCAGGCCGCCCAACCUCCGUCACUUGGACCACCAAAGCUGGAGCCAGCGGUACCGUCUCCUUCGACUACCUCGUCGACGCUUCCGGCCGCAAUGGCCUCGUCAGCACCAAAUACCUCAAGAACCGCCAGAUGAACCCCGGCGACCAGCUCCAAAGCAUCGCGAACUGGGGAUACUGGACCAAUGGAGGCCAAUACGGAACAGGCACCAAGCAGCAGGGUUUCCCAUACUUUGAAGCGCUGUCUGACCAAACGGGUUGGAUCUGGUACAUCCCCUUGCACAACGGGCAGGUCUCGGUUGGCGUCGUCAAGCACUCCAAGGCUCUGUCCAACAUGAAGAAGGAAACGGGCAUGGAUAGCAAAGGCGUUUACAACCACCACGUCAAGUCCAACCCGGAGAUCAGCAGGCUGUUGAAGGAUGGCGAGCUGGUCAGCGAUAUCAAGACGGCGUCGGACUGGUCGUACAGCGCGGGUGCGUACGCGAGUCCGUAUGUGCGCAUGGCGGGCGAUGCGGCCUGCUUCAUCGACCCGUUCUUCUCGUCGGGCGUGCACUUGGCGUUGAAUGCUGGCCUGUCGGCUGCCGCGACGAUAUGCUCGUCGUUGAGGGGAGAGACGUCCGAGUUGACGGCUGCCAAGUGGCAUUCUAGGAGGGUCGAUGCGUCGUACUCGCGCUUCCUGAUUGUCGUCACCAGCGCGCUGAAGCAGAUUCUCCAGGGCGACGAGCCCGUGAUUUCGGAUUUCGACGAGGGCGAUUUCGAUCGCGCGUUCCAGCAUUUCAAGCCCGUCAUCCAAGGCGCCGUAGACGUAAACACAAAAUUCGGCCAAUCCGAAGUCCUCCAAACGCUAAACUUCUGCAUGGGCGCCCUGGCCCACAGCAACAACUCCAAAGCAAAAGAAGACAUCAUGGAGAACAUGCGCGCGCUCGCGGCCGGCGAAAAGGGCGAAGUCACGUCCGCCGAAUACAAGCUCGCCAUCGAAAAGGCCGAAUCCAUCCUGUCAAAGGACCAGCUCAAGUACCUCAACGACAUCCGGAACCACCAGAACGAUCUCGUGCGGUUCGAUGUGUUGAAUUUGGACGGCGCGUCUGGGUUCGAUGUUUUGGAUGGGUACUCGACGAACCUUGUCACGGGGCAACUUGGGUUGAAGAAGUCCAAGUAA